AUGCUUAGCAUCACUCUUCUUUUUGGUGUUACUGUCUGCGCAAUUUUAUUUAGUUGCUCGCUAUGUGUCGAUCCGCAGUAUGAAUAUUGUAAAAGUAAUCAAACAUGCGGCAGCACAAACUUUAGGUUUCCUUUUGGCGUAGGCAGUCGCAGUUGUGGUGUGCCAAUGUUUCAGAUCGACUGCGUGCAGAACGUACGUCCAGUAAUUGGAAUAGGGAGCCACAACUACACAAUAUUAGAGGUUUUCUAUCAUAAUCGGACGUUUAAGCUAACAGAUGACAAGAAUUUCCAAGAUUGCACAUUUUCUGAUCUGAUAGAUUCAGCCGAGGAGGCGGGCAAUAGAAUUUUUAAUAUGACCAAUAUGAACAACGCAAGUCUAGAAGUAUAUAUGUGUGAUGAGAAAUGUUUAACUUAUGGAUCAUUCCCACCAGGAUAUCUGAAUAUGUCAUGCUCCCCAAGAAUGAUGAGAGUUCCAGCAGCAACAAUGAAAUGGGCUUUUCCUGAAGAACAAGAGCAGAGUUGUAGAGACUGUGAAAAAAGUAAGGGAUUUUGUGGCUAUGGCGUUCCCAUUUCAGAAAACUUCGUUUGCUUUUGCCAGGAUGGACCUCAUUCAAAGAAAUGCGCCCAAGGCCGAAGUGGUAAAAGAGGAAUCGUAAUAGGUGUUUCCAUUGGAUCCGUUGGUUUGGUGAUAGCUGCAAUAGUUCUUGUAGUUUAUUAUCGGAAUUCAAGGCCUACUUCCGACGUCGAGCAGUUCAUUCAUGACUAUGCUGAUGAAAUGCCCCGCAGAUAUUCAUAUUCUCAAUUGAAGAAGAUCACCGGUAACUUUUCAGAUAAAUUGGGGGAAGGCGGUUUCGGUGUGGUUUAUAAAGGAAAGCUCUCUAACGGUGAUAUGGUAGCUGUUAAGAUUCUUGACCGGUCGAGACAAAGUGAGAACCAGUUCAUGAACGAAGUUGCCACCAUCGGAAGAAUCCACCAUGUUAAUUUGGUUCGGCUGAUGGGUUAUUGCUUCGGAGAACCUCAAAGCGCACUUGUCUAUGAGUACAUGUUAAAUGGGUCUCUGGAGAAGUUUAUAUUUGCUGGAAAAGGAAAAGAACAGGGGCUCAAUUGGGAUCAAUUGUAUUCAAUUGCUUUGGGCGCAGCUCGUGGGAUUGCAUACUUACACCAAGAUUGCAACAGACGCAUCAUCCAUUUCGACAUUAAGCCUCACAAUAUAUUAUUGGACGCCGACUUCACACCCAAAGUAGCUGAUUUUGGUCUGGCUAGACUGUGUGGAAAGGGAGAUGAUCACAUAUCGAUUACCACAUUGAGAGGAACGCCAGGAUACGCUGCACCAGAGCUUUGGUACAGAAAUUUGGGUCCUGUAACGGAUAAAUCAGAUGUUUACAGUUUUGGAAUGGUGUUAUUGGAAAUUGUUGGUGGUAGAAAGAAUGUUGAAGAGCAGGUAAGCCGGUCCAGUCAAUUUUAUUUUCCAGAGUGGAUGUUCAAAUUGAUCGAAAACGGUGAGUUAGAGAAGAGAUUAAGAGGAGUAGCAGCAGAGAGAUCGUGCAAAGACGUUGAGAAGGUUGCAAAAGUGGGAUUGUGGUGCAUCCAACACAAUUCUAUAAAUCGACCAGGGAUGAGCAGCGUGGUUGAAAUGUUAGAAGGAAAUGGUGAUAAUGUGACUACUCCUCCCUCCCCUUUCGAUUCCUCCCCUUCACCAGAAGCGCCGUUCCUUUCAUCUUCUCUAGAAAAAUCGUCUACAUCUUAGACUUCAGUGGCACAAGUCAUUAAAAUAAAGUAACCAGUGAAAUGUAAAACACGUGU